AUGGAACCCACUGGAGUUGAGCUAGAGCUGAAUUGUGAGAACGAUGGCGAACGACGUCGGACUCAGAAUCGAUUGGCCCAGCGCCGCUUCCGGAAUAAGCAAAAGUCAGCCGGCCGCGCCGUGGACGACAGGGAGGCUCUGCUUGACAUCUUCAGCCCGUCCACAAGCCUGUGCAUGUUCGAGACUGGUGGCUUUCUCUCAGGUAUCGGCAUGCCGGGGCUGAACGAGCACGGCGUACUAGAGGCUCCAAGCUUGAGCGAUACAACCACAACAGUGGCAGAUGGCAGUUUGCCUCACGAAUCCCGCGGCAGCCACAGACUAGAUGCUGACGAUGGCUUCGAUUUUUACCCGGCUCAGUCGGCUCAGGAUGCGAUACACGCAUUUAGGCCAUCCCUUGGUUGGAUGUGCCCUAUCCACAUGGCUGCAAAGAAAGGACAUGAUAGGAUCUUGCGACUCUUGCUAGAUAAGGACCCGGAUUGCAACGGGAAGGACAGCGACGGCACGACGCCACUCAUGCUAGCCGUUGCGGGAGGAUACGAAGACGUGACGGAUACGCUGCUGCGGCAUGGCGCUCGCAUCGCCGAGGUGGACAACCACCAGAGGUCAGCUCUACACUGGGGCGUAACUAACCGACGGGAGGCGGUAUUGAGGAUUCUGCUAGAGCAUUGCAAGGCUGAUCUGACUGUCAUCAAUGGGUACGACAACGCCGGGCGCACGCCACUACACAUGGCGAUCGACAUGGAAUUUGAGGCCGGCAUUCAGCAUAAGCAGAAAGCAGCUAUGUUGUUCAACACUCAUUCUUUGGCGGCCGUUGUUGCUGUCGUUACUCUACCACACGUGGUUUUCGGAGCACCAGCGCGUACAUACCCGUCCGGAAACGCAACCGUAUCAUACCGACUCCUUCCAGGCGAUUACAACUGGCCCAGUGAGGCAGAAUGGAAGAUGCUCAACAGCACUGUCGGGGGCAGGCUGAUCCGAGGAGCUCCAGUCGCUGAGGCCGCAUGCUAUGCGGUGGCGACCAGCGCGGCGAGUGACGCUUGCAAGUCGCUCCAAACGGAUUGGGCAACCCUGGGUCCAUUCCUCGCGGAUCCCGUCAACAUCAUGUCGCCGUACUCGCAGAACAACACGUGCAGUCCAUUCCUCGCAGCCAGCGGUGGGAGCUCGAUGCGUCUGGGCGCGGGGAUGCAAGUGCUCGAGAUUUACGAGGCCGCAGCGGCCCGUGGAUUUCGUACUGUGGGCGGCACUUGCGUCAGUGUUGGUGCCAUGGGCGGAUACACGCAAGGCGGAGGCCAUGGUCCAUUAGACGCGUCGUACGGGUUGGGCUCUGACCAGGUGCUCGAAUUUGAGGUCGUGACCACGGACGGCAAGCACCGGACCGUCUCUCCCACGCAGAACGGGGACCUGUACUGGGCGCUGGCUGGUGGUGGUGCCGGUAACUGGGCCGUGGUUUUGUCGGUGACGGUGAGGGCGCAUCGUGAUGGUCCUGUCGCUGGCGCGCGCUUGGGCUUCGCGCGCGCAAACCUGCCGCAGAAAACUUACUGGGCCGCUGUCGAUGCCUGGUUCAAGCAUGUGGCUAAACUCGACGCACAAGGGUUGCGCGGCUUCCGCUCCAUGUCGCGCCUUACCCGCAGUGGUUUCUCGCUGGACAUGGCCACUCUUCCUGGUGCCACCGCCGAGGAAUUGACCACGGUCUUGAACCCCUUCUACCGCUCUCUUGCGAAGCUCAACGUCUCUCUUACGACCAACGAGGUCUCCCAGCAGUCCAACUUCGUGACCCACUUCAAGACGUACAACACUAACAAUAACGACACAAGGAACAUGACCAUCGGCAAUCGACUGAUACCGCGCUCCCUUGUCAACAAUCCUACUUCGCUGACGCACCUAAUGGAUGCUUUCCGCACCAUGGUUGAGGUCGACAACUCGACGAGCGACCCUAUCCUCGUCCUGCUGAGCAGUAAUGUUACUCACGCCACUGCCGGCAACAAGCCCAGCGACAACUCGGUCCUGCCUGCCUGGCGCGACUCGCUCUUCGCCAUCAACCUGGUCCUGAUGAGCAGCGAGCGUGCCGCUUGGGACACGCUGUCUUCCGACCUCGCCCUGAUAAACACUUGGCAAGACCGCUUGCGCAAGCUCACGCCCGGUGGCGGCUCCUACGCCAGCGAGGCUACCUUUGACAACAAGCACUGGAAGACCGACUACUACGGCGCUAACUACGAUCGCUUGCUGAAGAUCAAGCUAAAGUACGAUCCGGGCUUCGUCUUGUGGAAUCAGCCGGCUGUCGGUAGUGAUGCGUUCAAGUUGGGCGAGGAUGGACGAUUGAUUGCUGCAUAG